AUGACUUCCAGACCACCUCAAGAACUUCUCUCCGCCCUUAUUCAAGCACUUGAGCAUGACAUUGUCCCAUUGACAGAACAAGGCGUGGCCUCAGGAAGCAAAGUCUUUGGCGCUGCCAUCCUUUCCUCGCAAACCCUCAAACCACUCACAGUUUCUACCAACGAUGAACGAGCAUCUCCUCUUCUUCAUGGAGAGAUCAAUUGCAUUCAAGCCUUUUACACAAAGACUUUUCCCGAUCCAAAAAGUCGACCGGACCCACGUGAAGACUGCGUCUUUUUCGCAACUCAUGAGCCGUGCAGUCUCUGUCUCAGCGGUAUUGCAUGGUCUGGUUUUAAGGAAUUGUACUAUUUGUUCACCUGCGAGGACAGCCGCGACCAGUUCUCCAUCCCGUAUGACAUUGAUAUCCUGGAAGAGGUCUUCCGUGUGAGAGCGGAAGGAGAGAGCGACACGGCGUUGCAGAAUAGAGCGCUGUAUAAUAAGAAAAACAAGUUCUUUGUUGCCAAGAGCGUUCAAAAUCUCGUCGACGAGAUCCAGGAUGAGGAUGAGAAACAACGUUACAAGGUCGAAGUAAACAGGGCCAAGGCUCUCUACAAUGCUUUGGGUGAAGAGUAUCAGAGGAAUAAGAAUAAUGGGAUAGAAACUUCAAGCACAUGGAGAUAG